CGUGUCACACGAGGGGCGCUGCGCAGGUAAGUGGAGUAAACGCGGAAGCAAAGAAAAACUGCACGAGAGAUACUUCACAAACAAACUGAUACAUCAAGAUUUUAUGCAGCUGGACCAACAGCUAUAACAAUUUCACUAUGGGCCUGUGUGACGGCCUCUCUCACUGUAAACUGGCUCUGGCCUUUGCUGUGUUGAUGGAUUUACUGGGAGGAGCUGCUCUGCUGGUGGGAGUCUUUGCCCCUCUUGAGAUCAAGGGACGGGAUUUUGGAGACCUACUGGUCUAUACAGGAGCUCUGUUCGUGCUGAUGUCUCUGGCCGGAUGGGUGUUGUGGUACAGCGGAAACAUUGAGGGUCUGACGUCCAAGAAGGAGGUCGGACACAUCGGCAGCGCCGUCGACCGGCUGGCUCGCAACCUCAGCCGCAAGAUCCGCACGUACAGAUACCACCGCUGAGCCUCAAGCAGGAAGUCUGAAUACAUUUCAGUUUAAAAGUCUGCUGUGUUUGUGUUAAUGAGGUAACCGACACUGAAGCAGACUCUUCAUGUCUUAGUGUUUCAAGCAUGUCAGUAACAUUUCAACCGUAGAUGUGCACCUGCUGUUCUGUUACAUUAUUACGAUUAGUAUUUUUAUUUUUUAUAGUGUUUUAGAUUAUGUAAAGCAGUGGCAUCUUACUGGAUUUCAAUAAACACAUUUUAAUACAU